AUGGUGACUUCUAAAAAUGUAGACGACAUCACUUCGUACGGGUAUAACACAUUGAUUUUCUACGUAAAUGGUCACCGAGUAGAAGAGACUCGGGUCGAUCCAAAGACCACUCUGGCCGUUUACCUUCGAGAUCACUGUAGGCACUACUCUGCCAAUUCCUGUCUGAUGCCAGUGUGCGCGGUGUUUGGAAAAGCCGUCACCACCGUGGAAGGACUGGGCUCGACCGUCAGCAAGAAAUUACAUCCA